AUGUCUACCACCACCAGUCUCCUCCACACUGCGCUCCAAAACCUGCACGUAGCGCAGCAGGUCGCCCACCCAUCGCACACCCCGCGCCCUCCCUCGUCGCGCUCGUCGCCGCCCGCCAGCCGCCGUAACGGCGACAGCAGCGACGACGACGAGUAUGUUCCCGUCGGCCAUGGCACUGCUCCAGGCACUCCUAUCCCGGGUAAGGGUAUGGUCCUCGGCCAGCGCAUCAAGAAGGACAACGGGGCGCGCGACCCGCUCAAAAACUUCCCCACGCACGUCGCAGUCCGCAUCUUCCUCCAGCUCGACAUCCGCAGCCUCGCGCGCUGCGACCGCGUCUGCAAGCGUUGGCGCAAGAGUAGCACCCUCAACUACAUCUGGUUCCUCCAGAACCGCUCGCUCCAGCUUCCUGCCCUCCCGAGCGCGAUGGGCGGCAAGACCCGCAAGCUCGACGACGGCACGGAGUUCUUUGACCCGUACGACAAGGGCACCAAGCUCUCGUCCCUCCCGCCCGUGGCUGUGCCCACCUCCAACCAGCCGCAAUGGUCCAAGGCCGAGAGCAAGCGCGCUUGGAAGAGCGUGUUCCACACGACACUCGCGCGCAAGGACGCCGACAGCGAGGAGGACCAUCCGUACCAUGUAGACAUCGACUCGCUCCACACUAGCGGUUACACCACACCCGUUCGUCACUCGCACGCCGGUAUGGGCUCGGGCGCUGCUGCCCGUUGGUCCGACAAUAGCGGGACUGGCGGGAUGACGCCGACGGAGCGCAAGGUCGCCGCACGUGAGGGAUACAAGGCGCUUGGGGGCCGGAAGAGCCGCACUAAGCGCCGCAUGGGAGGUACGGGCGCUCGCAAGGGGCCCGACAUCGAAGAUGACGAUCCGCGCUUCACUGCACCUUGGUAG